GUGAUUAAUGGGAGCAAUUAAUAGGAGCCAGACCUCCAGAGGGGAGAUCUCUCUGCCUUCCCUGGACCUGAGAUCUCUCUGCGUUCUGGGAGCCAGGUCUGCAUGUGCAGGCGCCAGGUAAGCUUGCAGACAACUAAAGCCUAUUCCAAGGAGAGAGCCUGGAGCCAGAGGGAAUGGCCCUGGGGACCCAGAGACCCCCAUCCCAGGAGUUGGUGACAUUCAAGGAUGUGGCUGUGGAUUUCACCCCAGAGGAGUGGGGCCUCUUGGACCAUUCUCAGAAAGAGCUGCACAAGGAGGUCAUGCUGGAGAAUGCCCAGAACCUGCUUUCUGUAGUCCAGAUGUUGGGAAAGGAAGACAAUGGAAUAAGCAUUCAUAAUGGAAUAAGCAGUCUUGCUGCACAUCAGAGAAUCCACACAAGAGUGAAACCUUAUGGAUGUAAUCAUUGUGGAAAGACUUUCACAUUGCGUUCCAAUCUUGCUAAGCAUAGGAGAAUCCACACUGGAGAGAAACCUUAUGAAUGUAGUCAGUGUGGAAAGGCUUUUGCACAUAAGUCCAGUCUUGUUUCACAUCAGAGAAUCCACACUGGAGAGAAACCUUAUGAAUGUAAACAGUGUGGAAAGGCUUUCACACAGAAUUCCAAUCUUGCUGUACAUCAGAGAAUCCACACUGGAGAGAAACUUUAUGAAUGUAAUCUGUGUGGAAAGACUUUCACACAGAGCUCCCAUCUUGCUGCACAUCAGAGAAUCCACACUGGAGAGAAACUUUAUGAAUGUAAUCAGUGUGGAAAGGCUUUCACAAGGAGCUCUAGUCUUGCUGCACAUCAGAGAAUCCACACUGGAGAGAAACCUUAUGCAUGUUAUCUGUGUGGAAAGGCUUUCACACAGAGCUUUAAUCUUGCUGCACAUCAGAGAAUCCACACUGGAGAGAAACUUUAUGAAUGUAAUCAGUGUGGAAAAACUUUCACACAGAGCUCCCAUCUUGCUGCACAUCAGAGAAUACACACUGGAGAGAAACCUUAUGGAUGUAAUCAGUGUGGAAAGGCUUUCACAAGGAGCUCCAGUCUUGCUGCACAUCAGAGAAUCCACACUGGAGAGAAACCUUAUGGAUGUAAUCACUGUGGAAAGACUUUCACAUUGAGUUCUGGUCUUGCUAAGCAUAAGAGAAUCCACACUGGAGAGAAUCCUUAUGAAUGUAAUCAGUGUGCAAAGGCUUUCACUCACAGCUCCAGUCUUGUUUCACAUCAGAGAAUCCACACUGGAGAGAAACCUUAUGAAUGUAAACAGUGUGGAAAGGCUUUCACACAGGGCUCUAAUCUUGCUGCACAUCAGAGAAUCCACACUGGAGAGAAACUGUAUGAAUGUAAUCAGUGUGGAAAGACUUUCAUACAGAACUGCAGUCUUGUUUCACAUCAGAGAACUCACACUGGAGAGAAACCUUAUGAAUGUAAACAGUGUGGAAAGGCUUUCACACAGAGGUCCAGUCUUGGUUCACAUCAGAGAAUCCACACUGGAGAGAAACCUUAUGAAUGUAAACAGUGUGGAAAGGCUUUCACACAGAGGUCCAGUCUUACUGUACAUCAGAGAAUCCACACUGGAGAGAAACUUUAUGAAUGUAUUCAGUGUGGAAAGACUUUCACACAGAGCUCCCAUCUUGCUGCACAUCAGAGAAUCCACACUGGAGAGAAAACUUAUGUAUGUAAUCAGUGUGGAAAGGCUUUUACAAGGGGCUCCAGUAUUGCUACACAUCAGAGAAUCCACACUGGAGAGAAACCUUAUGGAUGUAAUCAGUGUGGAAAGAAGUUUAGAUACAGCUCCAGACUUGCUGCACAUCAGGGAAUCCACACUGCAAAGAAACAUUAGGAGUAUAAUCAAUGUGAUAAGACCUUCAGGCCAGAAUCUUCUCUUAUUUCUCAUCUGAGAAUUAUAAAGAAUUAAUUGUUAUUUGAGGUUUUUAUGACCCCAUCUUUU